AUUAAUUAAUUAAUUAUAAACAAACUCAAUCCCCACUCUUUCUUUCUUUUUAUUUGUAUUUAUUUAUUAUUUCUUAAAAUAAAUUAUGGCCUCAAAACUUUUAUCAAAGGCAACACUUCCUAGAAUGCAUACAUUUCAUAAUGUUACUGCAAAGGCUUCAUUAAUUGGCUUUAAACAUUAUGCAUCUGAUAGCAAAAAGCUGAAUAAGUUUAGCGCAACUAUUACACAACCUAAAAGUCAAGGUGCCUCCCAAGCAAUGUUAUACGCUACAGGCUUGACUGAUGAGGAUAUGAAUAAAGCCCAAGUUGGUAUUUCUAGUGUCUGGUAUGAAGGUAAUCCUUGUAACAUGCAUCUUUUGGAUUUAGCUGGUGAAGUUAAGAAAGGUGUUCAAGAAGCUGGCCUUAUUGGCUACAGGUUCAAUACAGUUGGAGUUAGUGAUGGUAUUUCUAUGGGUACUCGAGGUAUGAGUUAUUCUCUUCAAUCCAGAGACUUGAUUGCAGAUAGUAUUGAAACUGUUAUGGGUGGCCAAUGGUAUGACGCUAAUAUCUCCAUUCCUGGUUGUGAUAAAAAUAUGCCUGGCGUUUUAAUGGCUAUGGGUCGAAUAAAUCGUCCCUCAUUAAUGGUUUAUGGUGGCACAAUUCAACCAGGUCAGGGCUGUGGUGGCAAUAAGUUGGACAUUGUUUCUGCUUUCCAAGCUUAUGGUGAAUACGUAGCAGGUGAUAUUGAUGAAGCAAGGCGUUAUGAUACUAUUCGUCAUGCCUGUCCUGGUCCUGGCGCCUGUGGUGGUAUGUAUACUGCGAAUACAAUGGCCUCUGCAGCUGAGGCGAUGGGUAUGACUUUACCUUAUUCCUCAUCUACACCUGCUUCUUACCCUGAAAAACUUGCUGAAUGUCAUAGGGCUGGACACGCUAUUCGUAAUCUUCUCGAAAAAGAUAUUAAGCCUCGCGAUAUCAUGACUCGUGCUGCAUUUGAAAAUGCAAUGGUUUUAACUAUGGCACUUGGUGGUUCCACAAAUGUGGUUCUUCAUUUGAUUGCUAUUGCUAAGAGUGUUGGUGUUAAACUAACUUUAGAUGAUUUCCAAGCUGCAAGUGAUAAAACGCCUUUCUUAGCUGAUUUGAAGCCAAGCGGUAAAUAUGUAAUGGAAGACCUUCAUGCUAUUGGUGGUAUUCCUGCUAUUCUUAAAUACCUUAUGGAGCAAAAAUUAAUAGAUGGUCAUGUCUUGACUGUAACUGGUAAAUCUCUUGAAGAAAAUCUACAUUCGCUUCCUGGCCUUCCUCAAGGACAAGAUAUUAUUCGACCUAUCUCUAAUCCUAUUAAAUCUACUGGUCAUUUACAAAUUCUUAAAGGUAAUUUAGCACCCGAAGGCUCUGUAGCAAAGAUCACGGGUAAAGAGGGUCUUAAAUUUACGGGUAAAGCACGUGUGUUUGAUGGUGAAGAAAACUUUAUUACUGCGCUUGAAAACAAUGAAUUUAAAAAAGGGGAGAAGACAGUGGUUGUGAUUAAAAAUGAGGGACCUAAGGGUGGCCCUGGUAUGCGUGAAAUGCUAAAGCCUUCUUCAGCUAUCAUGGGUGCUGGAUUGGGUAAGGAUGUUGCUCUUUUAACUGAUGGUCGCUUCUCGGGUGGAUCUCAUGGUUUUAUCAUUGGUCAUGUCUGUCCUGAAGCUCAAGUAGGUGGGCCCAUUGGUUUGAUCAAGGAUGGUGAUAUAAUUACUAUUGAUGCUGUAUCUCGUGAAAUGAAUGUUGAAAUUUCUGAUGAUGAACUUGCUGAACGUAAGAAGAACUUUGUUCCCAAACCUCCUAAAUAUACCAGAGGUACUCUCGCACGCUAUAUUAUGACUGUCAAGAGUGCAAGCGAAGGUGCUGUCACUGACGAAUUAUAAACAUAUACAUAAGCACACGCACGCACACACACACACACACAAAUAUUGAAUUAUAUCUUAGUUAAGCACAUUAUUGUAUCAUAAUAAACUAAAAGGAAACUUCUGCAUGUAUGCAUGUAUACACGCAUACUUAUAAAUAAAUAGUAUUAUGCUUAAAAAUAAACAAACAUUAUUCAGUCUGAAGGGGGGAAUAAAAAUCCCUUCAAUACA